AUGGAUACGCCACUCGAUAUUGCCAAAAGGGAAAUACGUGCUAUAAAGGCGUGUGUGUUAUGGUACAAGAAAACUGUGUUUCAACAAUUGCUGACCGAACUUGCUGAAAUCUGGCCUGUGCCUCCACUAACGGCUGAAAAUCAAAGGAUCAAAUACAAAAGUUUGAGUACUUUGCGCAGAGUUCAUGCUUGGUACUUCGCAGUUAACCUUUGCGGGGUGUGGGGUUAUAAUCUGACACCGAUAUGUAAACACUACUAUCGCCGAUACUAUGGUGAAGAAUCUCAAAUCGGUACCAUUUGGUCAUCCUGGUAUCCUUUUGACAAAACGCAACCAGUUGCUCACUUUUUCGUUUACCUUUUCGAAAUUCUAAUGGGUCAAGUGUGUGUGUGGAUAACAUUAAGUAUGGAUUUAUUAUUUUCGGGAAUGGCAAGCCAUAUUGUAUUGUUACUACGUUUUCUUCAAGACCAACUUAAAUCAUUAACGGUCUUAAAUAAAACAGACAAGGAAUAUCAUCAGGAAAUUGUUAAUUGUAUAAAACUUCACCAACGCUUAAUUAGAUAUUGUUUUGACAUUGGGGAAGCUUUUUCUUUCAUAAAUUUAGUAAAUAUUGUACUCAGUUCAAUCAAUAUAUGCUGCGUUGUUUUUACCAUAUUGGUUUUGGACCCCUUCCUGGAGAUUAGUAACAAACUCUUCUUGGUGUCGGCUUUACUUCAAGUGGGUAUGCUGUGUUGGUAUGGACAAGAUAUAAUUCAUGCGAACUCAAACAUAUCAAUCGCGGCAUAUAACAGCGAAUGGUAUGAAAUGAGUCCACCAUGUAGGCGUGCACUCCUCUUAAUGAUACAAAGAACACAAAAACCUAUUGGAUUCACAGCAAUGAAUUUUACAUAUAUAUCCUUAUUGACGUAUACAGCGAUAAUGACACGAGCGUAUUCUUACUUCGCUCUGCUCUAUACAUUAUACAAUAAAAACCAAGGAACACCUUCUGUAAAAUCAUUUAAAAUGGAAAAUGAAACUCUGGCGAAACAAGAAAUAAAGGAUUCACUUAGGCUUAGUAAUACUAUUUUAAAACUUCUUGGUUUUACGUUAGAUAAACCAGCAACUGUUUCUGAUGCUGUGGUUCAAAAAAUUUUAUUUAGUGCCACCAUUGUUAUGAUCUCUAUUCACGUUCUUAGUGAAUUGGCGUGUCUCUAUGUUACAUCCAUAACUACGCCACAGGUUGAUCAAGUAGUUCCUUUACUUCACAUAGUUGGUUAUGGGACAUUGGGUAUAUUAAAAUUCACUGUACUAUGUUCUAAAAGAAAAGUGUUUGCGCAAUUAUUGAGUGACCUGGCCACAAUAUGGCCGGUACCGCCUCUUGAGAAGGAAGCUCAGGGAUUAAAGAAUAGCAAUUUGCGGACCCUUCGUCUUAUGCACAGCUGGUAUUUCGCUUUAAAUGAAUCUGGCACACUAUUUUACAUUAUAACUCCUAUAGGUUUAUACAUAUACUACCAUAUGCGCGGACAAGCUUAUGUCAUAAGGACAGUUUGGAGAUCUUGGUAUCCCUUCAACAUAUAUCAACAAGAAUGGAUUCAUGUCUUAAUUUACAUCUUCGAGACUUUCUCUGGACAAUCAUGCGUAUGGGCGAUGAUCGGGUCCGACCUUUUGUUUACUGGUAUGGUCAACCACAUUAUUUUAUUAUUAAAAAUUCUACAACAACGCCUCAGAAAUUUAGGCAGAACUAAAAGCUCUAGUGAAGAGGAUGGCAAGAAACUUGUUGAAUGUAUCAAACUACAUCAAAGGCUGAUUAAAUACUGCAAAGAUUUAGAAAAUGCCUUUUCCCUCGUCAACCUUAUUAACAUUUGUCUAAGCUCAGUUAACAUCUGUUGCGUUCUUUUCGUAAUAGUGUUAAUAGAACCGAGAUUAGGACUGAGCAACAAAUUGUUUUUUGGUGCGUCCCUCAUUCAAAUUGGUUUAAUUUGUUGGUAUGGUGAAGAUUUAAUACAAGAGAAUGCGAAUAUAGCUGAAGCAGCUUAUAACAGCAACUGGUAUAACCUUAAUCUUUCAUCAAGGCGGAGGUUGGCAUUUCUAAUACAGAGAGCUCAAAAGCCGAUAGCUUUUACUGCAAUGGGUUUCACCAAUAUUUCACUAGUUACUUAUUCUGCGAUUCUUACAAGAUCAUAUUCGUAUUUCACUCUACUUUACACAAUGUAUAGUGAAGUAACCGUUAUAUACGUCACUAUUCAUGUUUUUACUGAAUUAUCAUUCCUUUAUGUCACAUCAACAAAUUCGCCGCGGGUCGAAGAUGUGGUGCCUUUGAUACACAAGGUUGGAUACGGAAUAUUGAGUAUAACAAAGUUCACGGUGCUCUAUUUUAAAAGAAAAGUAUUUGCACAACUACUGGAUGACCUGGCGACAAUAUGGCCAGUGCCACCACUUGCGAAGGAAGCUCAGGCUUUGAAGAGUAACAGCCUUAAGUCCCUCCGGAUUAUGCAUAGCUGGUAUUUUGGCUUGAAUGAAUCAGGUGUAAGUUUUUAUAACAUUACCCCUUUAUGUUUAUACUUGUUCUAUCAUAUCCGAGGACAAGUUUAUGAGAUCAAAACAGUUUGGAAAUCAUGGUAUCCCUUCAAUAUUUAUAAACAGAAAUGGAAACAUGUAUCGGUGUACAUAUUCGAAAUUUUCUCAGGACAAUCCUGCGUAUGGGUUAUGAUAAGUACCGACCUUUUGUUUACUGGAAUGUCUAACCACAUCAUUCUACUAUUGAAAAAUUUACAACGACGUCUAUUAAGUCUAGGCAACAGUAAUAGCACCGACCAAGAAAAUUACCGUGAAGUAGUUGGAUGCAUAAAAUUACACCAGAAGCUUAUUCAAUACUACAAAGAUUUAGAGAGUGCCUUUACUCUUGUGAACCUCAUCAACAUUUGUUUAAGCUCUUGUAACAUCUGCUGUGUCCUUUUUACCAUAAUCUUGAUAGAACCAAUGUUAGAAUUGAGCAACAAGUUGUUUUUAGGCGCAUCACUAAUUCAAAUUGGUUUAAUAUGUUGGUAUGGAGAUGAUAUAAUACAAGAGAAUGCGAAAAUAGCAGAUGCAGCUUACAACAGUAAUUGGUACACGCUAAGUCCCCGAUGUAGACGAAUUUUGGCAAUUCUAAUACAAAGAGCUCAACAGCCCAUUGCGUUUACCGCUAUGGGUUUCACCAAUAUAUCACUUAUUACAUAUUCUGCGAUUCUUACAAAAUCGUAUUCGUACUUCACGCUGCUUUACACAAUGUAUAGCCAAGAUUAAUGGGACUUGGGUGACGUGAUACAUAAGAAAAUACAAAUUUUCAAAUAAUAUACCCUAGCCUGUUUUGUGUU